CCCAAGUAAGGGCGCGAUGUGUGUUGCAUUUCCCUGCUCACCGAAAGUUUUUGCAAAGUCUUUAUGAAGUCUCCAGAAGUGUUUAGCGUUGGGGCGAUUUGGCACUAAGCGAAGAUCUUCUUCUGCCGAGAACUUCUACUUACCGAGUGAUCUGACCGCUUCUACCAGAACAACGAGGGCAUCUACUAAUACAUCGCAUUCAACUUGUUCAGGCACUUCAACACUUGAUGUUGAGGCCGCACUUUAUUUGGACGUGCGCAUACAAGCUCUAGGUGGAGUCGUAAUGAAUCAAGAGGUCAACAACACCACGCAGCAGAACAACGGCGCGGAAGCAAAGCACUACCGGUCUCUCUUGCACGACGCAGUGCAGCACUUUCGUGUUUUGGUGCGUGCCCUUGUGGAGCAAGUCGGGACUACAACAAGAAAUCACCUCCCCGACGAGGCAAAUCCAAAUCCGAUCGUGGCACAAACGGCGCUGCGUUGCUUAACAAAAGUGUUUCUCCACUACAAAUCCGAGGACAGCAGCCGUGCAACCAUUCACAACGCUGCGUUGUUUGCGGAAUGUGUGUGCGACGAUCUAGCUUCUCGCGUUUUGGAGAUAAUGACCAAAACUACAAACCUAGCGUGUAGUUCGGCGAGCCGAGAUGAGCAGGAGGCAAUGGCAAAAAAGCAAGGACGCCGAGAGGACCACGACACGGCAGGCAAUCUUCCGGAAGAAAUAAAUGUGAAAGCGGAGAGAGAUGAAAGAACAACUGGGAUGCAGUAUAGUACUCUACCACAACUACCUUCGGAACUCGCCCUAACUGCACUCGCUUCGGAAAAUUCGUCUUUUCUUCUGGCGGAAGCGGCGCGUGCGGUGGCUUUGUUCAGUCGCGCUUCGCCGAGGUUUCGCGAGAAGGUGCUGGAGCUAGGAGGAUUAAGUUUGGUUGUCGAAUUGCUUCUCCUGGUGACGGAGGAAGAAGGAACUAAUUCUCUCGACGAUAUGUUGCAAACGAUAACGACUUCUGAUCCUUCCGCAACCGCAUCCUCGCCUUCUGAGAAUAACAGUAAAGAUGAACGAAACCAAGACCCCACGACAACUGGUGCUACAAAUAAAACGACCAAGAAGACCGUCACGAGCAGUUUGUGCUUUGCGCUUGGGAGUUUGUUGCCAACAGACCUCCUCGCGCUUUCGCAGCAAAUGAAUAACACCCACAGGAGCGCGUGCCCGAACAAAACAGGAGGUCAACUAGUCUCGCCCGUGUGGGCGAAGCACUUUUUGCAGCCCAUGAAGCUGAGAUCUACGGGUACUACGGCAGCAACCACUCCAUCUACUACGCGAGCAAUGUCCUCUUCGUCCACUAAGAACAAUACAACUCUCCCAGAUGAAGGAGCUCUUGUUGUAGAGAAAAAGCUUGUGAAAACCUUGGUCGUACUCCUAAGCUCCCUCCCCACCGGCGCCUCCUACGCACUCGCCGGGUUGUUGUGCUGCGGCGGAAAACUUUCCGACUUUUGUCUGGCGGAGGGAAUUGUCGCGCAAUUCGUUCGGUUCGGAUCGAGUUUAAAAUUUGGCGACCACGUAUUAAAUUUGAAACCGGAUGAGGGGGAUUUCGAUUUUGCUACGAUGAAAAGCCCUGCACCUCGGUUUUCAGGGAAGAAUUGCGCGAGCAGUAGUAGUCCAAGAACAUCUUCGAAAAAACAACACGUUCUGGGGCACUCUACGAACUAUGUUACCGGCAUGAAAACGAAAAAUCCUGAAUCGCAGGAGGGAGAUGCAACUAGUGGAGGAAUUUUCCUUGCACAGGAAACUCAGGACGAGACUACAGAACCUGGUGGUCGUGCGGUGUCAAGAACAAGAAUUAUGUCGAGAAAUGAUUGUAACGACGAGGGGCAAUACAACGUCGAUCACCACGACCCGGACCUGCCGCCUCUGGAGUUUUCUCUCACCAAGAUCCUGCAGUCGCUCGGGUUCAACAGCGACGCGAGGCGGGCUCUGUGUGCCAAGAGUUUGCCGCUCGCGAAGCAGUUCUACUAUCUCGCGUGGGAUACGCAUGGGUACGAGUUUUUGCUGGAGGUCUUGUUCAUGAUCGGCAUCCUGUCUGGGAAUGACAAAGAGGGAGAGGCAGGUAUUGGUUGUUGCCUGCUGGUAGAAAUGUUGUUCCAAAUUAUGUGUAAUUGUAAUCAUGUGAUAAGAUACAGAUAGAUACCAUGUUCUCGCCAAGUGCGUUGUAGCAAGGUAUUGCAAGUGUAGUUCUGAUUGCUUUUAUUUCAAAUCAAAUUCAUCAAAACGCACAGUUCUGCUCCAGCAGGGACUCGUUCGCGAGAUCGUGCAAGUGGCGCAUUCCCGCGAAGUGCGUAUGGACGUGGUCAAACGGGCGGAGUGGGUCUGUUCUGGGCUUUCCGAGGCUACCGUGUUGUACUUUGCACCCGUGCCGGAGGAAGAAAAUUUGUUGCGGCUAGACCGGGAAAAGGUCAUCGAAGGUCCUGCUCGUGGAAAUAAUAAGAGGGCAACUACUACUAGUACAACGACCGGAGGACUAGGUGGCACAACAAGCUGCAGCGCCAAAGGAUCGAAGACAAAAGCUACAGAUGGUUUUGAUGCAGGGCAGGCUCAUGGAAGCAGUAGAAGUGCAGGUGUUAACAGUUCAUCGAAGACAAUAAAUCGGGAGACAACUACAACUACUACCGCAGGAAGAGAACAAGACCUCCUGCCUCGCAGUACUUCUGACGAAAAUAAAGAGAAGGUCGUUUACAAGCCAAAAAAGACGCUGCGGUUUGGCAAUUUGGCGAACAUUGAUGUGGACCACGACGAUGACUCGGAUGCUGGUGGGGAUAAGCAUGAAGCAGGAUUAGCCACUGUAAAUGCAGACGGACAUGAUCCAAGCAACACCAAGCCAUCCCCCUGGAAAUCGAAGAUACAGAAGGCGGUCCGCCGCGUCACCGAAGCGGUUUCUUCUUCCUCCAGCACGCGCUCGCGCGUGACCCAGAUGAUGGUUGGAGGUGGAACGGAAGACCACUCUCCCGGCGAACAAGGGCAACAAGCUUCGCAGAAACUUUCCGCUAUCCGCAAGGCGAAAUCUGAUGGAGCAGCAGCAGCCAGUAGAACAAAUUAUGGAAGCAAUAAGAACAAAACCUCGUACUCGAGAAGCAAUAAAAAGUCUCAUUUGGCGAAAGCGAAUCAACACAAGGGCGGCGGCGGUCCUGGGACGCUCGAUUUGGACACUUUUCCUCCCCCAACCUCUCCGAACAACUCGGGCACCAGCUACGCGAACCGCAAAACCGUGACGGAGCUGAAAAAUUUUUCCCUGUGGAAGGCGAAAGAGGGCUUAGCGAAAAGGAAAUCAGAGUAUCGCGGGCGCGCGACUGUCCUCGUCGGAGGACAAAAUAACCAAGGGCUCUUGUCGUCGCCGGGCGGCGGAGCGCAUAAUUAUCGGGGAGUUGGUACUAACAAGGAUAUUAGCAGCAACCUGGCUAGUCCGAAUGCAGGCGCGGGUGGAGCUGCAGCUACUUCAUCGGCGCAUAACAAGCGAGGACAGGCUGCCUGGAAAAAUCUGGUGAACGAUGUGCGAGACAUGUUUGCGCUGCUGAGCGAUAGCCUGGAGAAAACAAAUAUUGCUGUCGUGAACAACAAUAGCAGUGGCAAUACCGGUCAGACUACUUCGCCGACCGGUGCAGGGGCCGGGGCUGGUGCAGCGGGAGCUAGUGGGAUGAAUAACACAACGGCCGCUCUCGCUUGUGGCAUGAUGCCAGACGCUAGCGCCACGGCAGGUGGACAACACCCUGGUGCGAUGUUGUCCGAGCUUCACCACCAGGAACCUGGAUUUCUUGGUAGAAGGGGUCUAGAUAGUGAGUAAAGGUGGGGAUUUUUGGGUUUUUUCAUCAAGUUUAAGUUUUUUCAACAACAGUGUCGUUUGUAUUCUUUCGGUAAUUCUAAUUUCAAUUUGAAGUUCCGCUUCAAAGAUAGUAGACGAUAAAGUGCUAGAAGAAGAUGAACGCAGACAAGUCAAUCAAUGUGCUGAGUAUUCACAAUCACACACACAGAGACGAAGGGAAAGUAUGCAUAUGCCAUGUCGUACCAAACACGAAUUUAUUGUAGGAUAGUGAUAGAAUAUUUUCACUCAGAGCAGAUCGUCGCGAAUCGAAGAUGAGGAAGGAGAAAUAAAUGGAAUGGAAUCUUGUGCAAAACAAGAAGUAAGAAAUGAGUAACGAAACAGUUACUUACAACAAACAGGAUACUUACUACAUAUUGGGAAAUAACACCAAUACCACCCAAAAUGCGAAAUAUUUCUGGCCUCGGCAAAUGAAC